AUGACCGGGACCCAGGCCUUCCCCGGCCCACCCCACAAGCGGGAGGAGAGGGGCACAGCAGAGCGGAGGGGACAGGCACCAGAGCCCUGCACAUCCGGCCCUGCAGAUGUGCUCUGGGGACAUGAGUCCUCACUGCACUGGGCCGUGAUGAUGGAAAGGGCGCCCCUUUCCGCCCCCGGCCCUCGCCUGCUCUCUGCCGCUGCUCACCGUUCUGGACGCCGCCCUCACCUCCACUCGUCCGACCUGUUCGAGAACUCCCUCUCCUCGGGCGUCAGGAACCCUCCCGCCCAGGCGGAGGCUCCGCCCAGCGCGCGGGGAGCGGCCCUCCAGACGCAGCCGCCCGACGACGCCGGGACUCCCCGGGCCGCAGCUCCCGGCUUUUCCCAAAGGCUCUCCUGGCGACUCGCCCCGUCUCCCCCUGGGACACGGACCCCCUGCAUCUGCGGCCUGCAGGCGCUUCCGGCCUCAGCAACCCUCCCCCGCCGCAUCCGCACGCCCGGCCUCCUCCCCGCUCGGAAGAGCGAGCUGGACAGGGGGCUGCAGGGCCCCUACUCACCCGGGGACGGACGGCGGGCGGGGACGGAGGCUCUGCGCCUCGGCGUGGCCGUCCACCCGAGGACACAACCCGGAAUCCUCCGCGCAGGCAGUGAUUCCAGUACCCAGAAUCCUCGGCGGGAGGCUCCAGGACGUCGGUACCCAGAAUCCUUGGCGGGCGUCUCCAGAACAUCAGUACCCAGAAUCCUCGGCGGGAGGCUCCUGGACAUUCCAAAACAAACUGAAAUCAACACUCCAACAUUUUUUAUUAACAAGUGGCACAUACUACCAGGCCUUGGAGGGUCGCCCCCACAGCCCCCUGAGCACCAUGGUGGGACAGAUGGACAACCAGUCCCCCUCGCCCACCUAACAUUCAGUGUUGGCCCCUCCGUGGGUUUCUCUCAGGUGCUCGUGGGAAGAAUGGACACAAAUCUGCACAAAGAAGCUGAAGGGGAGAAGACAGAUCCAAAGGACAGCUUGAGAAUGACAAACAGGAGAGAGGAAAGCAAGCACACCCCAUAAGACGAUGUAAAACCCAACCCGUCCUUGGGUCAGUCCACUCCUCUGGCUCUGGGGUGCACCGUCCCUUUGCUUUGCUAAAUAACUCCCCCUGCAGCUUUAACUCU